AUGGACCUACCGAACAGAAUAGCCAACGCAGUGGUAACAGCAUUUGAUGCGCUCGAUAAGUCUGGAAAACCUACUGUUCGGUCCAAUGGAACGAAGGAAUGGUCUGUUCUAGCAGGUCUUGUCGCCAUACACCAAGACUCGGUGUCAGUGCUCACAUUGGCUACUGGAGUGAAAUCCAUGCCUGAUAGCGUUCGAGAAUACUCGGAUGGAUGGAUUGUUCACGACAAUCAUGCCGAGAUCUUGUGUCUACGAGCUUUUAAUUGGCUUUUGGUGGACGAAGCGGUCCGUUUGAGUAAGAAGGUUGGGGAUAAACAUGAACUGAUACUUCUAUGUGAAGAUAUCGAUGGAAAGCGACCUUUUCGUCUCAAGAACGACGUCUCAUUGGCACUCUACAUUUCGGAACCGCCAUGUGGAGACGCAUCUAUGUCUGUUGUCUCCUCAAAUUGUGCUGAUUCUUGGGAACCUCCGGCCAAAAAGCUUAAGGUGAUGAGAGGUCGAGCACAUUUCAAUAAGGUGGGCAUAGUCAGGACCAAACCGGGCCGAGCAGACAGUUUGGUGACUUACUCGAAAUCUUGCUCAGAUAAGCUCUGUUUGAAGCAGUUUAUAGGAAUUUUAAACUGCGUUACGUCUCAAUUGGUGCUGCCUAUCUAUCUUGACUACUUGGUACUUCAAAGAGCCAAGUACAACAAGACAGAUUUUCUUCGCUGCUUCAAUGAGCGACUUCAGAGCAAUCCUCCCGCCAGUCAGCAACUCAAAGUAUUGCUUUUCGAUUCGGACAAGUAUCAAUUCCACAAGUCUGACCAUGCAUCUCCUCUGCCUCUCAGUAUAGUCUACUGUGUUCCUACCAAAACGAAAGAAGUGCUUAAUAACGGCGUGAAAAAUGGAGCUUUUGUGAAGAAGAAACCACCUAAGCCGACUGGAGCAUCGAUGUUGUGCAAAAGGAAAAUGUAUAGCCAUGCGAAGGAAAUGGUGGGAAAUGUGAGGAAAUAUGAUGAGUUAAAGAUUGACAGAAGAGAAGACAAAGAACAUGCAUGGAAACAAUUUGACAGUUGGCCAAGAACAAGUAAAGAAGAUAUAGAGUUGGGGUAG